CACCAAGGGACUGACAUAACACCUUCAAGUUUACAGGACAGCAUCAAGACCAGCUCUUUGAUAGGUUAAGGAGGCAUGUCUCCAUGGUUGGCUGCGUUUGGUCUCCUGCUCCUGAUACCUGGGGCUCUGGGGUUUGCCAUAUUGCCAGGAGAGUCUCUGAAUCACCUGGAAAUCACUGAGAGAGCCAUCUUAAAUGCCACCGUGCAGGCGUGCCGUGAGCUGGCCAAAGCUGAGGGGGCGGACUUCACGUUUCCUACACCGCCUUUCACUGCAAUGACUGUUGCUGAAGCCUGCGGAACACCAAAGUCCUCCAAGAGUUUCCGCCAAGCCAUUACAUUCAUCAUACUGAGGAAUAUACGGGUGGACAUCCGUCAUGCCUUAAAUGCCAGCUUCCACUUUGAUGAGGAAAUGUUUUAUCAAGGAAGGAAAAUUAUCACUGAGGGAAUAAGGGUCAUCAAAGCAAACAACAAGCAAGACAACUUUGAGGCAGCAAGGCAGAAAUUGGGAAAGAUUUUACAUCCUUUACAGGACUUCUACAGUCACAGUAACUGGGUGGAACUGGGCAACAUAUAUCCAAACCCUAAUCUGAUCAGAUCUGACACCAGCAUUGGAAACAUAGCAGAGGAAAGCAGGGCAACAUGCCGAAACUGUGACGGAGACUACUGCAGGAACAACAUCUUGGAGGACAUCAUAGAGGAGGGGAUACUGACCUCUGGAUAUUUUGGUUUAGUGCCUAUCGUGUCAACCAAACCAAAAGGAAAAUGCAGUCAUGGAGGACCAGUUGAUCAAACAAGCAACACCGAACCUAAAGGUGGGAUCAACAAAGACACAUUAGACUCCAGCCAUGGACACCUCCACAUGACAGCAGCAAAUAUGGCUAUAGCUGCCACCAGUGAGCUACUGGAGGACAUUCGGGGGGCUGCUGGGAUCAGAACCUUCCUCCAAAUGAUGGGAAUCUCCAAAGGAUCCAGUAAAGCUCUUUGUUUCGUGAUCGACACGACAAAAAGCAUGAGCGAUGACAUUGAUGCAGUGCAGGCCGUCACUUCCUCUAUAAUCGACAGUGGAGAAGGAACAGAAGACGCGCCCUCACUCUACAUUCUUGUCCCUUUCAACGAUCCAGAUGUUGGGCCGCUCGUAAAGACUACAGACCCAAAUGUCUUCAAGAGCGCUAUUAAUUCCCUAUCAGCAACCGGAGGAGGAGAUGUUGAGGAACUGAGUCUUUCAGGGCUUCAGCUGGCUUUAACAAGCGCUCCUUCAAAUUCUGAGAUCUUCCUCUUCACCGAUGCACCUGCUAAAGACAAGCAGCUGAAAAGCACAGUGAUCGCACUCAUAGAGCGCACACAAACAGUGGUGAACUUCAUGAUUUCGGGCUCAACAGUGCUGAACCGUAGGACACAUAGUGGCGGGGAACUGAACAGGAUCUCGGAGUCAGAGGCUGAGCUGUACAGAGACCUCGCUCAGGCUUCAGGAGGUCUGGCUAUAGAAGUCACAAAGAGUGAGCUCCCUGUGGCUACCAGCAUCAUCACACAGUCCUCCAGCUCCUCUCUGGUGACCCUACUGCAGGCAGCCAGGAACCCAGGCAGCAGCGAUACGUUCUCCUUUAUGGUUGAUGGAACAAUAAUGAACCCUUUAGUUUACAUUACUGGACGCUCCAUCAAUUUCACUCUCACCAGCCCCACAGGUGAAUCUGAGCAAAGCACAAACUCAAAAGGAUCAUUGAUCAUUAAAUCCCAGUCAGUCGGAAACUUCCAGACUCUGCAGCUUGAUAAACAAGUCGGACUGUGGACAAUGAAUAUGGUGUCGACUAAUCCGUACACUCUGAAGGUCAUAGGUCAGAGUCCUUUUGACUUCCUGUUUGACUUUGUGGAGGCCUCUCAGGGCCCGUUCCCAGGAUAUGAUGCUCUUGACACUCGUCCCAGAGCGGGUGUCAACGGUAGCUUGUUGGUGUCUUUAACGGGGAGUGACUCUGCCACUGUGACAGAAGUUGCUCUGGUUGAAUCGUCGGGGUCGGGGGAGAUUAAAGGAGUCGUGGAGUCGCAGGGGAGCGGGAACUUCUUAGUUCUCGUCGACAGGAUCCCAUCAGAGGAGUUUGUGGUGCGGGUUAAAGGGAAUAAUGGACCAACAGUCUUCACAAGGCAGUCAUCAACCAACUUCAGAGCUUCUAAUCUGACGAUCACUGCUGAUUCAAGUAGCAUCCUGGAACCAGGAACCCCUUUCUCUGUGCCCUUCUCAGUGAUGAGCCACGAAAUAGAGGGAAACAUUUCCAUCCGAGCCACUAACAACCAAGGUUUUGACUUAGCGUCUCCAACCAGUUUGUUCCUGGAAGCUGGAAACAGAGCCAACGACACGGUGACCCUCUCCGCUCCUCUGAACACCCCCUCUGGGACCGACGUCACCCUGACCAUCGAGGCCGAGGCUCCGGGGGGCCAAGACACAAACUAUGUCGUGAUGCGUUUCUCUGUCUUUAACACGGUGACUGAUUUCGCUCCGCCGGUGUGUAAGCUGCUGAGCCUGCAGUCCACCUGCUCUGAUUCCUGCAGCUCGUCGAUGUGGGAGCUCUCUGUCCAGGUGACUGAUGGGGAAGGAGGCUCAGGUGUUGACAGUGUUACUUUCAGACAGGGCAACGGGACUUUGAACACUAGCCUGGCUGCUGGAAAUGAAAAAAUAACACUGGUUUCCUACAAUGCUUAUUGUUGUUCGCCUAAUGUGGAGCUGGUGGUUGUGGACAGAGUGGGAAAUGUCGACAUCUGUUUUUACGCUAAUUCUCUGUCCACCAAAGUGAUUCUGGAGUCUCUUUGUCUAAUCGUAGUGGUGUUAGGGCAAAUAAUGAAAGCUGCAAUAAUCUAGGUUUCUACUUCUACAAACACUCAAUCAAUUGACUCUGUAUUAUCCUGCGGUGUCGUUUAUUUUCAUCAUCAGAGUUUGCAGCAAUAAACUGGUUUUGGUUAUCACAGUUAAACCCAGUGUUCCCUAAAGUUGCAAACUUACCCAAACCGGAUACCAGAAGCUAACUGUUAGCUUAGUGUAGCAACACAAAGUAAGUGAUAAAGUGAAAUAUGUAGCAAAUACACUUAUAUUUAGGAGUUUGUGAAGACCAAAAAAGAGACAAAAGACAAACAUGUUUCAGGUGGUUUGAUGACCUUGUUUCAGAUUGAUGUGUUAAAGGCUAGGUAAGGGAUAAUGUGCAGCGACGCGGUCAUUAUGGGGAAAAGAACACCGACAGGCUGAUCAGGAGCCCGACGCGAAGCGGAGGGAUCUAGAUCGGCAUGAAGGGAUAAUGACCACGUCGCUGCACAUUAUCCCGCUUAUUACAUGGCCACAUUCUCAACAAAGU